UUGUACGUAUUAUAUUGUGUCACACUUCACAGUUGUUAAUCGAGUGUCAGAGAGAGCGCUCGCGUCCAACAUGUCGCAGGAUAACCUCACAGCUGUUUUGUACAAAGCGAAAGAUUUAAGACUCGAACAAACGCCGAUUCCAGAAAUUGGCGACGAUGAGGUUCUUCUUCGUAUGGACUGUGUGGGCAUUUGCGGCUCCGACGUCCACUACUGGCAGGGCGGCAGCUGUGGACAUUUUGUAUUGAAGGAUCCUAUGAUUAUGGGACACGAGGCCUCUGGCGUCGUCGCGAAGGUGGGGGGAAACGUUAAAAAUCUGUGUGUGGGCGAUCGUGUUGCUAUUGAACCGGGUGUUCCGUGCCGCUACUGCGAGUUCUGUAAGACUGGACGGUACCACCUCUGUCCUGACAUACAGUUCUGCGCCACGCCUCCCGUCCACGGAAACCUCUCCAGAUACUACAAACACGCCGCGGACUUCUGUUACAAAUUGCCGGAUCAUGUCUCUAUGGAGGAAGGUGCUUUGUUGGAACCUCUAUCAGUGGGAAUCCACGCGUGUCGUCGCGGAGGCGUCACAGCUGGGGACUUUGUGCUGAUACUAGGAGCUGGUCCCAUAGGCCUCGUCACACUCCUCGCAGCCAGGGCCAUGGGCGCCAGCAAGAUCGUGAUCACAGACAUCUUGGAGUCUCGGCUGGAGACAGCCCGUGAGUUGGGCGCGGAUCAUACGUUGUUGGUGUCUCGUGACUCCAACGAGGCGGACCUGGUCCGAGCGCUCCACGACCUCCUGGGGGCGCACCCCGAUGUGUCCGUGGACGCCAGCGGAGCGCCCGCCACCGUGCGACUCGCGCUACUGGCCACUAAGUCAGGGGGUUGUGCUGUCCUGGUCGGUAUGGGCAGCCCUGAGGUCACCCUGCCUCUGGCCGGGGCCAUGGCGCGAGAGGUCGACAUCAGAGGCAUCUUCAGAUACGUCAACGAAUACCCCAUCGCUCUAUCGCUGGUGUCGAGCGGUCAGAUCAACCUGAAGCCGCUGGUGACGCACCACUUCUCACUGGAGGAGACCUUGGAGGCCUACGAGGUCGCGCGGAGAGGAGCCGGCAUCAAGGUCAUGAUACACGUCCAGCCGAGGGAUGCCAACAACAAAGUCAAAUUCCAAUGACGAAGCACGAACAGCAAUAAAGCUUCAACUAAUUGUUCAUUCAGAAAACGUGGAGAACGAAGAUAUGAGAAGCGCGCCAUUCACUCAUUCGUUCACUGAUUAAAUGAAUUUGUUGCCAAAUUAUUCAAUAAGAAUCAGAUUUAAUACAUAGUGUAAGUGCACACUACAUACAGUUUGUUAGAAAUGUAAAUCAGACAAAAAGUAUAUUGUUAUUCUUUUAUACAACAAUAAAUUAUGAAUUUAAUACGAAACGGA